GGACUAGAGAAGCUGACACGUCCCUUUGUCAUUCGAGAAGAGCUACAGUUUUCGUGACGUUGGGUUUCAUUGAAAUGCCACAAGAGGGCGCAGCCGUCUCCAAAUAUGGUGAGAACAACCCAGUUUCAGCCAGCAUCAAGAAGCCACAAUGUCAAUGCACAAAGUACUCUGACUGGCUCGAUAUGAGAAGUCGUCUGCUAGCUUUUGUUGGCUUCUUCGUUUGUUUGUUGACUGAUUGGUUAACAGCUAUGAGGUGUGCUUCUUCCAUUUGGUGUUGGUGCUGCUCUUUGGCUUUCCUAGUAUUGCCGCUCCCGUCGCUGUUGUCGUUUUAGCUGUCGCUGUUUGGCUGUCUGGCUGUCGUUCGGUGGGUUAGUCAAUCUUACUGGGUCGAGUGAGGUCGCUGUAAGCAGCGUCAACAGAGCCCGGAAGGCCCAUACUAGAUUUCCCCAGGGAAUAGUUGUCAUAGCAUUUUUUUAAGUGGACAAAUGCGCCGACAACGUUUUCAUCGUUGUGUGGUGAGUGUAGUCAAAUGGUAAUAGCAGGCGUAAGUGUUUGGCGCUGAUAUGGUGGAGAGUAGGUGUUUUAAGAGCGUCAAGCUGUAGAGGGAUCAUUGGACCUAAGCGACCCCAUGCGCCAGCAGUGUGAUGCUUUCGCAACAACGACGGCCAGGCUCGUGGUGACUAUGAGCUCAACAGAUCCAAGCCCGACGCUUUACGAGUUGCUAGUAGAAGCCGAGCUCGCUGACUACUACGAGCACCUUCGCGCGGGAAUUCUCGGCCUUCAGGUUUACUUUCCUGAGCAACUUAAGCUACUCGACGAUCGCCACCUUCGUGAGUUGGGUAUGACUAAAACCGAGCAGCGCCGGUUACGUAGAUAUGUCGAUAAACACUUCAGCAACACAGGAUAUCUUGGAAAAAUUCGCCAAUUCCUAAUGGGUAAGCAGUUGAUGCCGAUGGACCGCAGGGAGUCAGCCGAGUUUGAUGGAGUAAUGGGUGAAAGCGAGCUUUUGAGGACAAGUGGUUCCCCACAACCGCAACCCCAGCAACACCUUAUUCCACGCUCGCACAUCAUUCUUAGCGAGCAGCUGGGUGCUGGGGAGUUUGGGGUAGUACGUCAAGGAGUUUGGAUGAAUCAACAACACAGAGUGCAUGUUGCAGUUAAGUGUUUGGCUCACGAAAGGCUACAUUCAAAUGCUCAGGACUUCCUCAAAGAAGCUGCUAUUUUGCACAGUAUUUCUCAUCCAAACAUUGUCAAACUACAUGGUGUGGUACACAGUGGCCGAGAUCUUCUACUUGUCACUGAACUCGCGCCUUUUCGCUCGCUUCUGGAAUGCCUCAAAGAGCCUGGUCUUGCCUUGCAUUUCUGUCCACGGACACUCUGUACCUUCGGCUUGCAGAUAGCAAAAGGAAUGGCAUACCUUGAGAGUAGACGGAUGAUUCAUCGGGAUCUUGCUGCGAGAAACGUACUAGUGUUUGCGCGCGACCUUGUUAAGAUCAGCGAUUUUGGAUUAUCGCGAGCUCUUGGCGUUGGGAAGGAUUAUUAUCAGACUAACUUUAACGCUAAUCUAAAGCUCCCAAUUGCCUGGUGUGCACCGGAAUCAAUUAAUUUUCUGAAGUUCACAUCUGCUAGUGAUGCAUGGGCGUUUGGGGUUACUCUUUGGGAAUUGUUUAGCUUUGGUCAACAGCCAUGGCGAGAAUUUAGUGGGCAUCAGAUUUUAGCCAUUAUCGAUGAACCUAAUUGUCAACGCUUGGAGAUCCCAGAUGCCUGCCCGCGAAAUAUCUUUGCUAUUAUGCUAAAUUGUUGGGCUCAUGAGCCUAGUCACAGGCCUAGUUUUACUCAAUUGGUAGGAUUUAUGUCCAACUCUCUGCCCGAUCAGGUGCAGGCUCGGCGUAAUUCGCAAAAUACUCCCCGCCCACAGCGCGACGCUCUUUUUUUCCAGCAAGGAGAUCUCAUUACUGUACUGGACAAGAGUACUCCAGAGCUCUGGAAGGGAUUUUGUCGUGGAAGUGUUGGUUACUUCCGCGCUUCUGCGACAGCCCCAUUCCUUAAUCUUAAUCAACCACGAUCGCCUUCCCUAGAGCGGGCGGAAGGUAACGGCCGACAAAGCAAGCCAAAAACGCGUCGUCCUCAAAGAGAUUCAAGUUCGGAUAUGACUCCUCUGCUCCGCCAGUCACUCACAGAGGAUACUGUACACACACCUCCAUUUAGUCAGCUCAAUGCACCAAGUUCAGUAGAAGUGGCUCUGACUGCACAAACAACAGCAGCAACAGUUGCAUGUCCAUCAGUACGUCAUGAAUACCAUGAAAUCAGCGACGAUGACCUCAGUCCAUUUGAUAUAGGUCCGCCCCUAUGUGACGAUGUGUUCCGUGGCCUAGAGGAAACGGAAUCAGGAACACUAGGGGUACGUGUUGCAGGCAGUGGCUGGCAAGCCAAGGAAGGCAGUACUUCAUCGGCCUCAACUGUCAUGGAUACUCGACCAUUAAUAAAAAGCCGAAGUCCGGGUCACAUUGUUAAGCCUAUCUCACCGACAGAUGAGCAAGCCUUGGAUACUGCUAUCCACAUGGCGAAGGAGAUGGCGAGCCGUACACUUCAACAAGCUCAACAAAAUAGUCCUUUGGCCACUCCUACCAGAAAACAUAAUGGCCCCCGCUUCUUUAUUUUCAAUACGAAAUCAUCCCAACAGGACAAGAAGCACUUUUCUGAAAUGCUCGACAACAGUAAACCGCUUCAGGAGGCUUUGCCCAGGGAAGUCAAUGACGUAUACUCUGCUCUUGUUGAGAAGGGUGAAAUCGGCUGCAGUCUUGAGGAAAGUCCACCAAUGGAUUGGGUUUCUGGAUCAGGUUUCUCAACACUAACACCUAGUGGAUUUACGGAAGAUAUUCCUCCUCCUUUGCCGCCGAAGCCAAAAGUUGCCGUUGCCAAUCCCGCCACCCUGCGACACCACAGACGAAUUCAUCCCUUAAUAUUACCCGGCUAUGAGCUUCAAGACGCCAACAAUAAUGACACUCUUUCAAGGUCAUCAGAGUCAAAGCAUCUUGAGUCCAGGAGCAUGUCACAGACUUUGCCCAGGUUACGUCCUACACCCGAAUUCUUGGGGCCGACAAAUCUGGCGAACAUGCCUUCAAGAAGUAGUGAAUCUUUACCAAGGACUCUUAAAUGCUUCAGGUCAUCAGAGAGUCUUCCUUGUAAGCCAGAAGCUCAUUCAUUGGGACACGAAUCACUAAUGAGAACGCUGCAAGCAACCUGCUGCGCACUCCCGACUGGCAGGUCAUCGGUGCCUGAUGUGGAAAUUUCUACAGAUGCUGUUGAUUUUGCUGUAGAAUAUAGUGAGUUGGGCGCUAAACCUAAGAAAAAACUCGACCGUCACGUUAGUUGUGAAGAUCUUCUUGAUUUUAGUGCACCUCGCGCUGCUGCCAAACGCACUCAAGGGCGAGAACGCGGUGCAGACUCAGACGAAGUACACAUUAUGCAGAAGGUGCUAGCCAACGAAAACCUGCCUGCGGAAGAUUGUCUCGAUGCGUUAAACGUGGCAGGGUGGAAUGUACACAAAGCAAUAAAACUGGCGCGCCUUCGAUGGCUGCUGUCACGUGGAGAAACGCCUGUAGCUAAAAUACCAUUUGCAGAGACGAAAGCAGUCUUGGAAACAACCGGAUGGAAUCUAGAACAGGCAGUACAAGUUAUUAUGGGUCCAGUUUAAUUAAUUGUAGUGGCACUCACAGGAAUUGGACAGGGAUUAUGUGGCAUGUAUUAUAGGUUAUUAACAAAUUGACAUAUGUUGCUGGUGGCUCAUAUAUUGAGGGUAUCGCGCACUCUUUUUGUGGGGCUUUGAUGUGUACAAGGCGCAAUAUUCAUAAUGAGCUGCAACAGAUGAGCCUUAUGCGUGCGGUUAGACAAGUAUUGUUAGUUAAAGCUACAUUUUUGUAAUAAGUUCGGAUUUACCUUCGAAAUACAUAAUUCGUUAGGAGUCUGUAGAAGUUUGAUACUGUCAAGUAAAAAAAUGCUUGAACUGCUCAAAUAAGUAGGUAUAGUUAUCAGGGUUGUUAUCACAAUGAUUAUAAACUAAACAGUUCUAUACAGGUGAGUAUUCGAAUUGUUUGGAAAAUACUAAUUUAGUUUGUUGCGACCCGGAUGGAAUUGAGUCGAAAUAGUGUGCCAAGUAGAAUAGAUUGUGUGGGAUUGAACAUGGUAUAUGCUUAAAGUUAUCUAAGUCAUCCGUAGACUUUGCCUGCCAUUAAGUGUACAAAAAACAUGAACGUAUCACUCCAGUACUAUAAAACAUUGUCCGUAUGUUUUCUGUUGUAUUAGAAGCUUGUAAAACCCAUGAAAUUGAUUCAUACAGUCUCUUAGAUGCAUUUAAUACUAAUUAUUACAUUUUUAGGCUAACUAUUAUGACUCACUCGCUUUAUUAUCAAUCACGACAUUUUAUAUUUUGUUGUUUAACGAAUACCCCUGCACAUACGUAUGCAGUUUAACGUUUUCCGCUGUGUGCGUGAGGUACGGAUUUUAUGCAGACACAUGUUAUAAAUGAAAAUGUCUUUAUGGUGUAAUUCUUACGUUUGUUAAACCAAACUGAAUGUGAGCGAAAAUGGAUGCUGUUGCCGCUUCAAAAUAAAAAUUUCCUAUUGCGUGCAAAGCAAUGAGAUGUAUUGCAAACCAUACUGUGAUCUUGAUGUAUUCAGCUGUUAUACGACAUUGAAAAACGUAUAGCAAUACAAGAUGUUCUGAAAGUGAAACGCUAGGAAUGAACUCGCUUGAUGAGUAUGGUUGGCAGUAUAUCUCGAGUCCGCCACAUAUUCCCAGCAACUCUUGUUUCAUAACGCGCAAUUUGUCUAUGUCAAUUUAUGAAAUUUUUUACUGCGACAUAUUAAUGAUCUCAAGCUGGAGCGCAACUGCUUCGACAAUAGAAAGUUAGAAGGUGAGGUGCGCUUUCGAGUCGCAAAUUAUUACGUGAAGUGUACCGAAUGCCGUCUGAGUAAUCGACGCAAAUGGCAAGCUAUAUAAACAAAAUGGUAAAUAUGCUUUUGAGACAAUAG